AUGAAAAUAUGUUUUUCUUUACUAUUAUUUAUAUUACUAAGUUUUUUGGGCCAUUGUACUCAACCAUAUUUUCCACCACAACUUCUAUUUUUUGCUGGUCCGACAUUAUAUGCAAUUGACGAAAUAAAUCAAAGAGCUUACAAAUCAGUCAGUGAAAGUAUAAAAUCAUCAGAAACAGCAUAUGCAAUGAAAAAAUUCCCAUAUGCAAUUCCUGAUUCUCCACAAUCCAAAUAUUAUGUUCAGUUACAAGACAAGUUUCCCGAUACUGGUUGUCGAUAUGAAACAUAUUGGAAAUAUGGUGGCAAUACUUUUAAUACAUUUCCAGAACAUUGGAGUAAUGGAAGCUCUUUUGAAAUAAAAAAUUUUAUAAACUUUAAAUAUGAAAUGAUACGUUCGAAUAAAUCAUCUGUAUAUGAAGAUUAUUGGUAUUCAAAUAAAACGUGUCGACCUCUCGGAAAAACUUGUCCAUGUGAAGAAAUUUAUUUUCGAAAAGAUACUGAUAUUCCUGUUAGAUCAACUAAAGUUAUUCAUACACCAUGGGAUGAUCAACAAUACACAACAGAAUAUUUGAUGAUAAAAGUAGGAAAACCAGAUGAUAAGUAUUUUGAUCCUAUAAUAAAAGACUGGGCUUUCACUUGUCGAGAUGUUAUGCUUAAACUUUUAUACAAUCCAAAUACAUCCAAAAUAGAUUUAAACCAAAGUGUAAAAAUUCAAGUUUGGCUUUCUACUCCUCCACAUCGAAUUAAUGGAACUGAUACUGUAACUAUUCAAUGGAAAGCAGCUGAAUGCACUGAUUGUUUUACAUGGAAACCAAAACAACUUUCUUUUAACAGUGAAAAUUUUCAUAAACAACAAACAUUAGAAAUAACUCGUGUAAAAGAUGGUCCCAAAACAAUUCUUGUUCCAAUCUUUACUGGUGGAGGUUUUGAUCUUGUUCCACCUCUUAGUUAUACCAUUGUUAUUGAAUAA